CUGAAGACAAAUUUACAGUCCGCUUGCUUCAACCCACUAGUCUACCAUCAUCGUCAUCACCUUCAUUUUCGUUCAAAAUCAAAAGCAAAAUCUCCAAACUACUGAGUUGUUGCUUGCUUUCUCUUCAACCAAUUCCGAGUUCUACAGAUUGCAUCUUCAAAAUGUUGCAAUGGAUGGGAGGAUCGAGGCGGAAAGUAGCAACUUCGAGGAAGUCUACACAGCAGAGGCAAAAGCAAUACUUUGAACAAAGAAGACGACAACAACAGCAUCAGGGGCAAACAACUGGGUUAGAGAGCUAUGCAGAUGGAAUAAACAUAUCUGGGCAACAUCACAAAGAACAUCGGUCAUUGGAUAUUCUCAGUUUUCUGAACUUGUCAACGACUGCUCAAGAACAUAAAUCUGCUUGCCCCAGUCGAAGGGAAGAUGUAGAAGUCAAUGCUUCAAGAAUGAAGUAUGAUAUCACAAAGGAUCCACCAACAAUACCUCCAAAGAUGGUUGCUCCUCUCAACUCUGUUGAAUUUAACCAAGCAAGAGCUGAAUCAGGCUUCCGAGAGGAGAUUGCAUCACCAAAAAAAGUUUUCUGUAGUUGAUUUUUUUGGCGAUGAUGGGUUGAAUGACUAUGUAGAAGGCAGCCCAGUACAUGAAGCUCAUGUUGCAUUUUCAGUUGAAGGUUUGGGUAAAGUGGGAAUGGAAACACCAGUCCAUUCACCAAAACAGCCGGCAAGGAUGCAAUGAUACAAGAUAUCAAUAUGCCCCUAUGUAGCAGUGGUUUAGAGUUUUCUAUCAAUUCAAUGGAUUCAUUUGGUUAUUCAAAGCAGAAACUAUUAAGACAAGAUGGUCACAGUGGUAAACUAGAUAGUUAUUAUGGAUCCAGGAGAAUCUUUGACCAUGCUGAAAAUUGCAGCAAAGAUAAAUGGGAUGGUAGGCUUUGCCAAGAUGAAACCUCUUUUAAUGAAUGGGAAUAUGAUUUAUCAUGGAAGAGGCCAAGUGAAAUGAACUGUGAUUCUGUUGAUAAUUUGAUGCACGGAACGUAUAAGAUGCCAGAUUUUACUUUUGAAGGUCCCUUUUCACCGUUGAGAGGCACCUUCAUAUUCCAAGCACCAAAGAUCAGAAUAUGAUCAUGAUUUUAUGAUUUCCAAUGGGGCAAGACACCCUACAGUAGGAAGGAGUUUUGAUUUUGGAGGUGUAACCAACCAACCAGAUUGGUCUUGCUUUGUGACUGAUGAAAGGGAUAAUUUGAGCUUGCUAAGCGAAGAAUCAUGCUCAUCAAGUGCAGUGAGAGUCAAUGCAAUUGAUAAUUCACUGUCAAAGUCAACUAGGAAUCGGAGCAAGAGAAGACAUGACAAUGCAUAUGCUGGACCAGAAUAUCAUGCAAAUGUAACUUCUACAGGAAAGACACAUGACAAAAGCAGACAUGUUGUUCACCCAGAGAAUAUUGCACACGGGUCAGGAAAAUGUACAAGGAUGUCAAAUUCAUCAAAGUUAAAACCAUCCCACUACUCAAACUCUCCUUUCGAUGGAAAGUUAACCCCAAACAGCAAUUGGUUUGCUGAGGAGCGAUAUAUGUCGGUUAAUAUAAAUUCAGUUUCCAGUUCUUUCCAUCAAAAUUCAGAUACAAACUGUCCAUCUGCAGGCUCGAAGCUCUUGUUUGGAGAUCCUUUUAGUGCAAGUCCUGUCCCAGAAUUACAUCUUGAUCCUAGAUCUCCUUCUAAACACUCUGAACCUGUUGCAAGUUCACCUUCUGGCAGUUUUGUUACUGAGAAAUUUGAAUUUCAUGAUUCUCCUACAACUUCUAAGAUAGGGGUUGGAUCAACAAAAACAGAGUUGUUUCCCUAUUCUCCUGGAAACACACCAUCUCCUGAUUUAUCAGCACAGGAAAGUGUCAGCAAAGUUGAGGGAAGAAAAGCAGAAUCCCAGCCCAGCGAAGAAUUUAAGCUUGAGGAAGAAAAUUGUAUUAUGAACAACGGUUUGUUCACAGAAAACAAUGAUGAAAUGGGUGCUUUAACAUCGAAGAGCAAGAACAGUGAAUUUAAGGAAGCAAAAGAUGGAGCUCCAGGACUAAAGGCAAGUGUGAAGUCAACCUAUUUUCCUGACCAUGCAGAGAAGGCAUCAUCAUCUCUGAAGACUCCAGGCAAAUUUGAAAGCAAAAUAGAUGACAAGGAGUAUGUUGCACAAACAUUUAAAGAUCACCAUGGUUAUGAAAUUCCUCUUCCAUGUCAACAUCGGAACAAAGAAAUGGAACAUGCUGAGCCUCAGGAAAGAAAGAAAGAAACUAAACAACAAGGUGAUUUUGUUGACUCAUCUUGUCGGGUGAUGAUGCUUCAGAGCUAUGUUCAGUUUCUUUGUGUGCAGAAGGUGCUGAAGGCAGCUGCCCAGACUAGCAUAAAGAAGAAAUAGCACGUUUGUCACGACUCAAGUCUAAAUAAAUGUGGGGAUUUCGUCGUUAACAUCGUUUUCAGCUGUGUCAUGGAUUUUGCACCCUGCCCUUCCAUAUAUGGUUCAGGAGGUGAUUUUGCAACUGCCUGCAUAUCAUACUAGUCUGGUAGAUAUAGAUUACAGCAGCAAAAAGGAGCAGAAGCGCAAACUAU